AACUCCUCCUACACCAAACAACCACAUACUAUACUAUCCAUACAAAACACAUACACAAAACACAAGCACAUACGUAUUGAAUUGAUAAGAAUGGCCAAGAAAUCAGGGAAUUCUCUCUUUGGCCUAUUCAAGCUGAAGAAAAAGAAGGAACGACGGGAUGAAGGAGAUUCGGAGAGGGACGAGGCAGUGGUAAACAAGGAGAACGUGUACAGAAUAUAUAGGAGCGACGAAGACCGUCUUAAUUGGGUGGGUGACCCCGAAAUUGAUGCCAAAGCCACCGAUUUCAUCAACGCCAUGAGACUGCAGUAUCGGAAGAGCAGCGACACCAACGACAACGAUGAAGACGACGUCUGGAAACAACAUUAAUUAAUUAUAUGGCGUACGCACGUUUGAAUUGGUUGUGUAUAUAUAUUCUCAUAGAUAGCAUGCAACUUUGUUUUUCUAGCAGCUAGCGCAGCUUUAGGAUGAAUGAGUUAGCCACCGCAACUUAAUUUAGUUGAAAAUCCUAGCUAAUUAAUUAUGCUUGCUAGCUUAGUAGUUUUUAAUCUACUGGCUAGCUCUCUCCAUCAGCUAGUAUGCUCCUCUAGGCAUACUGUAUAUAUUGUAUUCUCUAUAUGUACUCACUGAGGAUUUCUGAUUUUAACUUCUCUGCCGUUGGCAAGUUUGAUGAACG